AUGAAGGAUACCGACAAGGCCCGUGGUGAGCAUGUUGAAGUGGUAGACGAUGAGUCCUCUGGCCAGGAGCUGGAUGGGAUAGUCAAGGUUGUAGGAACUGUGAAAUUGACCGAAGACCACAUUGUUUAUAUCCCAACGCCAACGGCGGAUCCACGAGGUACGGUGAACACCAGAAUGGAGUUCAAAAUUUGGGAAUCCUUGAGCUUACUUGGCAAAGACCCAUUAAAUAUGCCGUUAUGGCAGAAAACAGUGAUUCUCGUUGUGAUAUCUACUUUUGCAACAUUAGGUGUCGCCCUCGUCUCUGGAUUCGGUGGUAUAAUGACCUUCUAUAUCCCCGAAUACAGUGCGGCCGGCAAGGACUAUGCAGAUAUUACUGCGUUGAUGACAUACCCAACACUGUUCAUGGGAAUUGGAAAUCUCAUAGGAAUGCCUCUUGCCAUUGGCGUCGGUCGUCGAAUCGUUAUAUUGGGCUUCACUCUAGUCCUCAUACUUGGAGCUGCAUUAUGCGCCGUCGCUAAAACGUACGAAUGGCAUCUUGCUGCUCGUAUGAUCCUGGGACUAUGUGCAGGACAGAGUGAAGCACUGGUUCCAAUGAUAACUCAGGAACUAUUUUUCCUCCACGAGAGAAGUAAAUGUCUUAUGACUCAACAGGCUAUUCAAGUAGUCUUGACCACCAUUUACGUUCUCUUCGGGAGUCCUAUCGCAGGAGCUAUCACACCGGCAGGCUGGUACUGGCUCGGAGCCGGACUAGCAGGACUCCAGUUCCUAAUCGCCCUUUUCCUUCUUCCGGAGACCAAAUAUGACCGAAAUCAGGCCACAUAUCAGGAAGAUUCAGUAUCGGAGAACCUAGGCAAAUCAGAUCUCGAAGCUAACAUAGAGCUCAAAUCAACUUCGAAAGUAUGCAAAGUCAAACCGCCUCUUGACUACGUGCAUUAUGAGGCGCGUACCUGGAAAUCAGAUAUGCGACUCUGGAUCGGUGAACCUGAGUGGCGCAAGGCAGCCGACGUGCUUAAACAAACCUUCCAAUUUCUCCUCUUCCCAAAUGUUUUCUGGGCUCUAUGCAUAAACGGCCUCACAAUUGGCGUAAACAUUGCCAUCGGAACUACAUACGGCACAAUCCUCACAGGGACCCCAUACAAUUGGCCCGACACAAGCACCAGCUACGUGAAUUGCGGACAGAUUAUUGUCGCGCUAGUAGGCCUCCCACUAUUCGGGUUCGGAUCGGACUCGUUAAUUCGCUGGCGCGCAAAACGCAACAAUGGCAUGCACGAGCCAGAGACUCGGCUUAUUCCGCUCGUUUUCCCCGUUAUCAUUGGAUGUUUCACUGCGGUGCUUUACGGACAAGGCGCAACGCAUCCGGAGCAGUAUCACUGGUUUGUAUAUGUGUGGGCGGUCGCGGGGUAUUAUCUCUGCUUUGUGGGUGCGAAUAUUGUGGCGAUUACGUACUUGUUGGAUAGUUACCCUGGGAGUUCAGGCCCGCUUUUGGUUAUUAUUUGUGCUUUUCGAGGCUUUAUCUCAUUUGGAACGAGUUAUGGAACAAGUGCCUUUGUGACGAGGAGUGGGUAUGAUGGAGCGUUUGGCAUAUUUGGGGCUUUGACGGCUGUAUUGGGGCUGUUGGGUUUGCCGGUUUAUUUUUGGGGGAAGAAUAUUCGACACUUCACCGGGAGGUUCACUAAGAGUAAAACAGAUUGA